AUGAAGACGAGUACUACAUCUGUAUUAUUAAUAUUGACUAUUGUCCUGGCAACAUUUGCCACUCCAUCCCAGUCCGCUGGAUUGGUCGAUGCCGAGAAGGCUGCAUUGAACUUAAUUGGUCAAUUGCUUGGUCUUCUUGGACUUGGCGAUAAUGGAUGUUCCAGCCCAUUGGUCACUUGUAAUGAUGCCGGCACCAACGUCAUUGGUCUCCAACUCAAGCCCAGUUUGCUGAACCUCAAUAUUGUUCCAGCUGAUCUCUCAGCGUUCACCAAGCUCCUUGAUCUUUUGAUCGAGGAUGGUGUACCAGUGAACGCCAACUUCUGGAACUUUGCCUCCAACCCCAACAUCUCAUCGAUCACAUGUGCUGGAAAGUGUUUCUCAUCGUUGCCACUGUCAAACCUUGGUUUGGCCUUCCCAAGCACCCUGAACACCCUGAACAUUGGUGCACUGAACGUUGCCCUGCCAUCCACCAUCUUCCAGAACGCCUUGAAGACCUUGAACAUCGGCUCCAUCAUCUCUGGUGGUGUGCUCCCCGAGAUCACCGCAGUGAACAACCUGCUCAACAGCCUGACCGUGCCCUGCACCAACGGCCUGCUGCCAUUGUCCUGGGGUGGCAACCUCACCGCACUCGUUGACCUCACCAUCAACGUUGCCACCAACCCACUCACCUUCAACAACUUCCACCUGUUUGACACGAUCGCCGACACCCUCAACCUUGUCCUCAACUUUGCCAAUGGCGUCACCACCUCGGUCAUCCCACCAACCCUGCUGACCACCCCAUUCGCCUCGCUCUCCAUCUCUGGCAACGGUCUCAAGUUGUCGGCCGCUGGCAUCCUCGACCUCUCAGCCAACCCCAACCUGAACUUCUUGAAGCUUGACGGCUGCACCACCCUGCUCGGCCAGCUGACCCUCCCAGGCCUUGCUGUCCACGCCGAUGCCAACGUCGCCCUCGAGCUCGCCGGUCUGGUGAACGCCAACGUCCUCGCCAAGCUUGACCUCAAUGUGCUCGACUCGCUCUCCCUCGACUUCAUCAAUGGCGUCGUCUCCUCUGUCAUCCCAUCCAACCUCCUCUCCAACACCCUCAACUCACUCUCCAUCCUUGGCGAUGGCCUCAAGCUCGGCUCCAACGGCGUCCUCGACCUCACCAACUGCAAGAACCUGCAGGCCAUCACUCUCAAUGCUGCCACCACCCUGUUUGCCCAGCUGACCCUCCCAGGCAUUGCUGUCCACGCCAACGUCAACAUCUCGCUCUCACUCCUCGGCCUAGUCAACCUCAACGUCGUUGCCAAGAUCGAUGUCAACGCAUUCAACGACCUCUCGCUCGGCUUUGCCCAAGGUGCCACCGUCGGUCUGCUCCCAUCAACAGUGCUCAACUCAUCGCUCCUCUCCUCGUUGUCCAUCCUUGGUGAUGGUGUCAAGGUUGAUGCCAACGGACUCCUCGACCUCUCUGGCCUCCCCAACCUGCAGUCGCUCUCCCUCGUUGGUUGCAACUCCCUGCUCUCCACACUCAAGCUCCCCGGCAUCAAGCUGCCACUCAACAUCAGCCUGCUUGACCUGGACCUCGGUAACCUUGUCGACCUCUCCAUCCUCUCCAAGCUCAACCUCAACCUCUUGAACAGCCUCAACCUCGGCUUCCUCGACGGUGUCAUCCCCUCUGUCAUCCCACCCAACCUCCUGUCUGCCCCACUUUCAGUCCUCUCAAUCGUUGGUGAUGGUCUCAAACUUGAUGUCAGCGCCGCUGGUAUCCUCGAUCUCUCUGCCAACCUCAACCUUACCUCGCUCUCCCUCACCGGAUGCACCACCCUCCUCAAGGGUCUCGCUCUCCCAGGUAUCAAGGUUGCUGCCAACGUCGAUGUUGCCCUCGCUCUCGGUGGCCUGCUCGAUGCCUCCGUUCUCGCCAAGAUCAACCUCAACGUCCUGGGUGCCCUCGACCUCGACUUUGAUGCCAACGCCGUCGUCUCUGUUGUUCCCGCCAACUUGCUGACUGCCAACCUUGCCUCCAUCUCCAUCACUGGUGAUGGUCUCAAGCUCGAUGUCAACGCCGCUGGUAUCCUCGAUCUCUCUGCCAACGUCAAGCUCGACACUCUCAACCUCCUUGGCUGCAACUCCCUCCUGUCCGGUCUCCAGCUCCCAGGCAUCAAGGUCAACGCCAACGCCAACGUCGACCUCUCACUGGGCGGUCUCCUCGACGUCAGCGCCAUUACCAAGAUCCACCUCGACGCCUUCAAAGCACUCAACCUCGACUUUGACCUCGGUGCAGUUGUCUCUGUCAUCCCAUCCAACUUGCUCGGCUCGACCCUUGCCUCCAUCUCCAUCAACGGUGAUGGUCUCAAGCUCGAUGUCAACGCCGCUGGUAUCCUCGAUCUCUCUGCCAACAUCAACCUGAACUUCCUCGCCCUCAACGGUUGCUCAAGCCUUUUGGGCCAGCUCCAGUUGCCAGGCCUCAAGCUCAACGCCAACGUCAACGGAAAGGUUGCUGUUGUCCUCGCUGGUCUCCUCGACGCCAACGUUGUUGCCAAGAUAAACCUCAACCUGCUCGAUGCUAUCUCCCUCGACUUCAACGCCGGUGCCAUCGUCUCUGUCAUCCCAUCCAACCUGCUCACCUCAACCGUCGGCGCCCUCACCAUCACUGGCGAUGGCCUCAAGCUUGACAUCAGUGCCGCUGGUCUCCUCGACCUGUCUGCCAACGCCAACCUGAACGCCCUCUCCCUCCUCGGAUGUACCUCCCUGUUUGCCAACAUCACCGUUGGACCAGGCAUCAAGGUGCACGCCAAUGCCGAUGUCGCCCUGACCAUCCGCGGCAUCACCGCUGGCGCUCUGGCCAACAUCAACCUGAACGCCUUUGCCUCGCUCGACCUCGGCGACAACCUGCUCGACAUUGACAUCAAGACCCUUGGCCUGCUCGACCUCUCCCUCUCCAAGCUCAACCUCUGCAACCUCAGCAACAACUUGCUCACUGGUGUCGUCCCAUCCAGCCUCUGCCAGAUCGGAGCCAAUGCAGUCAUCGACUUGUCCAACAACCAGCUCUCUGGUCAAUUGGCCUCUUGUUUCCUCUGUGAGUUGGCCACCUUCCGUGCUGCCUUCCUCGGCAACAACUUCACCAACUUCAACAUCAACACCUCCCUCUCACUGGGUUGCCCAACACUCAAGGUCAACACUGUCGUUGCCGUGUCCACCGUCGGAGGAUUGGUCAAGGUCUCUGGAGUUGACUUGGGCUGGGUGAUCGCCGCCAUCACAUCUGGUCUCGACGUUGAGGUCAUCACACCCAACCUCGAGUUUGGCUUCAAGGUACCAUCAGGCUCAGGCACUGGCUUCAACGCUUCGUUCAACUUCCAUACCGACAUCCCACUCAGCGUCACCUGGGGCUACUUGCCACCAGCCAUCUCCAAUGUCAAGAUUGGCCUCUCAGCCGGCGCCUCGCUCACCAUCACCGGUACCAACUUUGGUAACGUCGCCACCAACGUCAAGGUGACCAUCGAUGGCGUGCUCCAGACCAUCAGCUCAUGUGACCACAACGUCAUUGUGUUGUCUGGCAACACAGUCACCGUUGCAGGUGAUCACACCGUUGCCGUCGAUGUCAGUGGACAAGUGAUCUCGACCACAGCCAACAUCCAGGCACCAACUGCCAGCAGCACCACCGACAGCACCACUGCCAACCCAUCAUCAGCGUCCCUUGUCUCGAUCAACGUCAUUGCCAUCCUCUUGUUGAGUGUCCUCGUCUCAAUGUUGGCUCUCUAA